AUGGGCUCCAUUGGCGGCGCCACUUUCAACGUCCUCGACGACACCCGUCCCGAGGAUACCUCCAUGCCCGCCUUCAUGGUCUCCACGACCCGCGGCUUUCUGCCCCGCGCCGACCCCGUCGUCACCCUGCCUAAGGAGUUUGAGGCGCUCGAGUCCAUCCUGCAGCGCAUGCCCGUCAAGACGCUCUCCGGCGAGCCCGGCCUGCUGGCCGAGUCCAAGCUCGGCCCCGAGGUCGACUCCAGCUUCCCGGACCUGACCGACGCCAUGGACCUGUACAAGGACAACCUGCCCGUCAUGAACGCACUCUACCGCGACUACUCCUUCCUCGCCUCGGCCUACCUCCUUGAGCCCUGCCACGAGCGCUUCGUCCGCGGUGAGGAGUACGGCCUCGGCCGCCAGGUCCUGCCCAAGCAAAUCUCCCACCCCAUCGCCCGCUGCGCCGAGAUCUGCGGCUUCCAGCCCUUCAUGGAGUACGCCGGCUCGUACGCGCUCUUCAACUACCGCCUCGAGGACCCCAGCAAGGGCCUCGAGUACGACAACCUGCGGCUGAUCCGCGCCUUCGAGCACGGCCUGCACCACGACUCCUCCGAGGCCGGCUUCGUGCUCGUGCACAUCGACAUGGUGCGCAACUCGGGCCCGCUCGUCGCCGGCGUCAUGAAGUCCUUCGACGCCGCCGCCCAGACCGCCGCCGGCGGCGACCCCGUCGCGCUCCGCCGCGGCCUCAACACCGGCCUCGAGGACAUCCUCGGCGCCAUGCAAAAGAUCAACGCCGUCAUGGAGACCAUGUGGGGGAAGUCGCGCCCGACCGAGUACACCAGCUUCCGCACCUUCAUCUUCGGCAUCACCUCGCAGUCCAUGUUCCCCAACGGCGUCGUCUACGAGGGGCUCAACGACGGCAAGCCGCUGUCCUUCCGCGGCGAGAGCGGCGCCAACGACUCCAUGGUGCCCCUGAUGGACAACUUCCUGCAGGUGCCCAUGCCGGAGACCCCGCUGACGGAGAUCCUCAAGGACUUCCGCAAGUACCGCCCCAGCAACCACAAGGCCUUUUUGCUCUUCGCCAAGGAGCGCUCCGAGGAGCUGAACCUGCGCACCUACGCGCUCGGCCUCAAGGGCGCGACGGCGCCGGCGUCGGAGGAGGAGAAGGACCUGCUGCGCGUGUCGCGGAGCCUCUGGCUGCAGAUCCUGAACCAGGUGCGCGACUUCCGCUGGCGUCACUGGUGCUUCGCGCGUGAGUACAUCCUCAAGCGCACAUCGCACCCGACGGCCACGGGCGGCUCGCCGAUCGUCACCUGGUUGCCGAACCAGCUGUUCGCGGUGCUGGACGAGAUGGCGGUCAUCCACAAGACGGGCCACGAGGACGGAAAGGGCCUGGGUGCCGUUGCUGAGGACGUCAUGGAGGCGGCCCUGCGCCAGCGCGAUACUCUCCAGAAGGAGGUUGACAAGUACUGCGCCGAGCGUGGCGUGAAGCGCAGCUAG